AUGAAGACCAUGAAGUCCCGCCGCUCGGGUGGUGACCGCGGGGGCAUUCGCAAGCGGGGCCCAACUCGCACCGAUCGAGAUGGUGACAUGGACAUGGAUGGACCCGGUGCCCGUGGAGGCAAGAGAGGCCGCGGUGGUCCUAGUCGUCCGACUGGAUCUGGUUCCGGCUCCGGCGCUGGCGCUGGUCGUCCCGCUCGUUCUGGCGGUGAUCGGCCCCAAGCACGCGACAAGACUCUGGACGCCAUUCAGAGGGCAAUCACAAAUACCCGGGACCAGGCCAAUAUCCGACAGGGAAAGAACAAUGCUGCAAGCAACCUGGAGUCAUUCAGCGUUCGUGGCUGGAAGACCAGCAAGGUCUCAUCCCAUCGUGACGGCGGCGUCGAAAACCUUAUCGCAUUUCUCGAGAGACGAAUGAACGCCCAUAGCAAAUCAGGACCCCGCGCUAGAGUUACAAAGUCGCGUGUCGAAGGCGACUCUCUCGUGGUGUCUGUUCGCCCCGAAUUGGCGGACAGGAUGCUCCGGCUCAAUGAAAGUCUUUUCGCAGGAAUCCACCUCGUCGUGGAGCCCUAUGACGCCUCUUCGAGCGCCGCUCUUGAUCGCGAAUUGGGUACCACCUCCGGCACUUCCCCUUCGACCGCGGAUACCAAGUCCAAGAUGACGAUGAUCCUGUCCAAGCGUUACUAUCCGGAUACCAAACUUCUCGACCUCUCGAAACUCUCCUCCGAUCCAGACCUGGUAGCUAUGGGCAUCUUCAACCAGACUUCGACUGAGUCCAAGUUCUUCCCUGCCCUGAUGAAGGUCUGGGAGAUGGGAUUCACCAACACAGCCCAGCGACGAGAGGCCGUGGAGAGUGUCAGUCUCGCUCACAACCAACUCACUGCUGUCACUGCCGUGACCACUCUCUCCCAAACCUUCCCGGAUAUCAAGAACCUGGACCUUUCCCACAACAACCUCAAGGACUACCGCUCGAUGAGCGCAUGGCGCUGGAAGUUCCGCAACCUCGAGUUCCUGGAUCUGACAGAGAACCCUUUCAGUGCUGAGCCCAAUUUCAAAGAAACCCUGAUGAAGUGGUUCCCGAAGUUGCAAACGUUGAACAACGUUAUUGUUCGCACUGCCGAGGAGAUCGCAGCUCAGAAGAAGACCCCCAUUCCCGUUCAAGCACCACACUUCCAGGAUGAUGGCCAGAUUGCGGAGAACUUCAUCCGUGCCUUCUUCACCCGCUACGACACCAACCGUGACGAACUCGUUAAGAGCGUCUACGACCAUCAAUCCGAAUUCACCAUCAACGUCAACACCUCGGCACCCAAGGCCCAGCAGACCGAAUCGGCAGGCUGGGACCCGUACAUCAAAAAGAGCCGCAACCUCCUCAAAAUCAACCACCUUCCUGCUCGCAUGUCGCGUGUCUACAAGGGUGCGGAGAAGGUCCUUGAACUCUGGAAGAGUCUCCCGGAAACUCGUCACCCUGAUAUGACCGCCCACCCAGAGGAGUAUCUGAUCGAAUGCCACCCCGUCCCCGGGCUUCCCGAUCCUACUGGACAGAGCCCUACUGGUGUGGGUGGUCUGAUGAUCAUGGUUCACGGAAAGUUCGAGGAGAGUGUUGGAGGCAAGGUCGAGACCCGCAGCUUCGAUCGGACCUUUGUCAUUGGCCCCGGUGGUGGAAUGGGCGGUAUUCGCGUCAUUAACGACAUCUUGUGCCUUCGGGCCUACGGUGGCCAUGAGGCCUGGAGCCCGGAGAACCAGGCCAUUCCUUACGCAGUUGCCCCCGCCGCCACUGCCGCUGCUGCCGCUGCUGCCCCCGUGGCUGUCCCUGCCGCCGUCCCUGCUCCUGUGCCCGCGCCCCUCGCCCAGCCCGGUAUCCCCCAUGGAUACGGUGCCCCUGCUCCUGGAAAAACGGACGCCCAAGUCCAGCAGGAACAGUUGGUGGCCCAGAUGAGCGCCAAGUCAGGCAUGACCCUCCAGUUCUCGGAGAUGGCUCUUUCCGGCAAUGGCUGGAAUUUGGAUGCUGCGUGGAAGAACUUUGAGGAGCUCAAGGCUUCGGGGACUCUUCCCGCCACCGCUUUCCUCUCUCCCGCCUAA